AAAAUUAAUAUAAAACAGUUUGGAACAACAUUGGUGAGGUCUAUGUUUAAGAGACAUCAGGUUUGUUUACACAUAAUUCUAUGAUAUCAAAUAAAUGCACAAAUAUAGAUGAGCUCUAUAUUGCGUUUUUCAAAACUGCGCUCGCCAGUAGAAGAAUUAACAAUAUUGGAUUAACAAUUAAAAUCCGUAAAAAACUAUCUCUACAAGAAAUGGAAAAAGAUGAAAUGAGUCAGUUUGUGCCUAUAGCAAUUUUUACAAUAGCAAUCUACGAGAACGCAAAAUGUGUAAAUUGUAAGAAAAAAAGUCAUUUUGAUAGUUAAAACGAAGCAGGAAAACAGAAGCAAUGCAGCUGAUAAAACGGUACUGUUGGAUUGGAGUACUCAUGGGAUUUCUGUCGAUGUCAGAAAUCCUUGGUCUGCGGUUGAAAACAAUGCUCAUUCCAACGUACAAGUUUCGCAGUGAGUCAGCACUGCUCGAGUGUCAGUAUGAGCUAAAUGGUCAACGAAAAGGCCAAAGAUCAAAGGAGAGCGUCCGGCGUCAUCAUGGCUACCCUAGCGAUCACACAAACGAGUCAAUGGAAGAUGAGGAAAAGCUGUAUUCCAUCAAAUGGUACAAAGACAACGAAGAGUUUUACCGCUACGUGCCAUCGGCUGCUCAGCCGAUCAAGAGCUACAAAAUCGAGGGUAUUCGGGUUGACCCAAACCACUCCGAUGGAACUAAGGUGCUUUUGAAGGGUCUUACGCUCAAGUCGUCCGGUGUUUAUCGUUGUGAGAUCUCAGCAGAAGCUCCCAGCUUCGAUUCGGUUCAAGGCGAAGGACGAAUGGAUGUGAUUUAUGUCCCAAAAGAUGGGCCACACAUAAGUGAUGGUGAACGGAAAAGCUACCAGAUCGGCGAAACGAUGGAUCUGAACUGCACUUCUGGUCGUUCCUACCCAGCCUCCACAUUACAAUGGUACCUCAAUGAUGUUCUGGUGACAGAUCCGAAUAACAUCAUCCACUACCCACCAGUGCAUAAUCAGCACGGACUAAUCACUACAUUCCUGGGGCUCACCAUGGUUGUCAAUCAUCGACAUUACAUCGAAGGUACGAUGCGCAUUAAAUGCGUUGCAAGUUUGUCACCAGUGCUGUGGAGAGGCGGACAGGAGAGCAUCGUUCAGUGGGAGCAACCUGCCAUAGAUAAUCGAAUCGCCAUGCUUCUAGUGAAAAGCAGAGCAUCUACACAACGAAAACACUUAUUAAUUACAUUAAUAAGUAUUAUGCUGUAUGUGCUUUGACAAAAGCAUGUUAUGAGAAUAAAGUAUAAUCCUGUUGAAUGGGCAAAAGAAUACAUAGAUUACACAAAUACAAAUUAUGUUGAGAUUCAUAUUAAUCUUGGGCUAUUGGAAAUCAACGGUUAACAUAAAAAAAUGCCAGUAAAUUUAUAUCAUCGGAAUAGAAUAUUAAAAGAUAUUAUUCCAUAAAAAGAUAUAAUUUUGUUUUCAUCAUUUUUGCUGCUUUUUCGCUUUUAAUAAUUCUUGCGGAUUAUAAAUAUUAUUAGUGGCAAUAAUAGUUGUAAUCUAUUUUAUAUUACCAAUUCAUUGUCUGUGUUUAAUUUUGACUUGACAAAAUGGUCAGUAUUAUCGUCCUCGAACGAUGAAAGCCGAGGCUCCUCGACGAUGUAGUAGCCUGAUGCUCGGACGAUGUACAAUCAUUAAAAAAGGGGUGUAAAGUGAUGAUGAAAUUGGAUAUGGAUGUCACAGUAAGAGCGUCGGUUGAAAUGUGGAGUUGUGAAAUCAUAUAAUCAUACGAAAAAGACAAAACAACAGAUCCAUUAUCUUGAAAUGAACCAUUUCAUAGUUAUGCCAAUGAAAUCUAUUUUGUUUGUAAAUAAAGU